CGAUUCACAUCAGCACGUCUAACACUCUAUCCUCAUUACUUCUGGAGGUAUAAAUUUAAGUUCGAGAAUUAAACGUUCGUUAGUACUUACCGAGAUGUCGUCAAAUUUGUUACUGUUAUUUUCGCUAGUACUUUUAUGUGCUUUUAGCGCGUCUGCGAACUCCACAGUCGACUGGUGGGAGUCCGCCACUCUCUAUCAGAUCUAUCCUCGAUCCUUCAUGGAUAGUGAUGGUGAUGGUAUAGGAGACUUGAAUGGUAUUACAUCCCGUCUGGAAUAUCUCAAGGAAAUAGGGGUGACUGCUGCAUGGCUUUCACCAAUUUUUGAUUCUCCGAUGGUCGAUAUGGGCUAUGAUAUAGCUAAUUACACUAAAAUUUCGCCGAUUUUUGGCACAAUGGAGGACUUUGAGGCAAUGCUUGCAAAGGCUCAUGAAUUAGGACUGAAAAUUUUAUUGGAUUUUGUGCCAAAUCACACGAGUGAUGAGUGCGAGUGGUUCCAGAAGUCGAUACGUCGUGAAGAUGGUUACGAUGAUUUCUAUGUAUGGGACGAUGGCAAAAUCGACCCAGAAACGGGCGAGCGUAUACCGCCAAGUAAUUGGAUAGCAAUAUUUAAUGGAUCCACAUGGACUUGGAAUGAAAACCGUCAGCAAUACUAUUUACACCAGUUUUAUCCGGAGCAACCUGAUUUGAACCUCACGAAUCCUAUGGUACGUGAACGUCUGAUCGAAGUGUUAAAAUUCUGGCUCGAUCGUGGUGUGGAUUCUUUUCGCAUUGAUGCGGUACCAUUUUUCUUCGAGAAGCGUCUUGAAAAUGGUACAUAUCCAGAUCAGGAGAAGCUUUACGCCAUCUAUACAAGAAAUCUCCCAGAAAAUUCCCUACUAUUAUACGAAUGGCGCGAGUUCUUAGAUGGAUACCAGGAGGAGCAUGGCGGUGAUACUAGGAUACAAGUCCCAGAAAGCUAUGCCACCAUUGGAGUUAUUAGCAGCUACAUUACCAACGGCAUGAACGCCGGUUCCCAAAUGCCAUUGAAUUUUAGCUUUAUGAAAUUAUAUAGAAAUGCCACUGCAAAGAUUGUUGAAGACUUGGCCGAAUAUUGGAUGGAUGUAAUGUGGACGAAACAUAAAGUAGCCAAUUGGGUGGUGGGCAACCAUGAUAGAAGUCGUCCAGCUACCCGCAUAGGAGAAACUAGGACAGAUUUGAUGACGAUGUUAGUGCAUAUAUUGCCCGGUGCAUCUGUUACUUAUUACGGCGACGAGAUCGGCAUGACCGAUGGAGAAUGCUCAGCCACUUGUGAAUUCCGAGAUCCAGGGCGUUCUCCAAUGCAAUGGGACUCUUCGAAGAAUGCCGGCUUCAGCACAGGAAACUCCACAUGGCUACCUGUUAAUCCUAACUACAAAUAUCUCAAUGUAGAGGCACAGCGGUGGCCGGAGCGUAGUACUCUGAAUAUAUUCACGGGGAUGACCGAACUAAAGAAAACAGCUGCUUUCAAGGCAUUCAAAGAAGAAGGUGGCUUUUCGUAUGGGGCUUUGACGGAACAAGUAUUUCAAGUUGUGAGAACUGCUGCUGGUAUUGAGGAGUACCGUUUCCUAGGUAACUUUGGUAACCAAACAGAAUAUUUGGAUGGUUUGACAAAUAAGACCAUGGAGUAUGUGCUACUCACUUCCUAUUCUCCACACAAAUAUGGUGAUACAGUUGAUUUAAGCGGACGAAUUUGUUUGGAGCCCCAUGAAGCGGUCAUUCUACGAUGGACUGCGUAAAGUUUAUAUGGCACAUUUUGUGCAUACCAAUUCCAGUUGACUAUUUUAACCUAGAGUAUUUUGUUUUUAUUGCCUUGUGACCAGUACUUGAUAAAAAUAAAAUAUUAUAUUUUUCCGUU